CCGUAACCGACGCAGCACCCUACGGAAACCCGUUGAAACAACUUUAUCCCGCCUCCGUUACCUUUUUGGUGUCGUGUCUCGGGUCAUUCCAGGUUGUCGUCCGGUUGUUGUGAUCCACGAAAAAGGGCCAUCCAGUGUGAGGGUCGAUUUUGACUUCCCAUCCGAGGGGGAGCUGGUCGAUGUCAUUAUCAGCCAUCACAAGUGUCGGAGAGUGCGUCUUCACUGCGUUCAUGGUACGUGGGAAACCUCUCCUGGGACGUUACAGAGGUUUUGAUUUUACAACUCUUCUCCCAGAUUGGACCGUGUAAAAGCUGCAAAAUGAUCACAGAGCACACAAGCAAUGACCCGUAUUGUUUUGUGGAGUUUUUCGAGCACAAAGAUGCUGCUGCUGCCCUUGCAGCCAUGAAUGGGAGAAAAAUCCUUGGAAAGGAGGUUAAGGUUAAUUGGGCCACAACACCUAGUAGCCAGAAGAAAGACACAUCCAAUCACUUCCAUGUUUUUGUGGGUGAUUUGAAUCCUGAGAUUACCACCGAAGACGUCAGAGCUGCAUUUUCACCCUUUGGGAAAAUCUCAGAUGCUCGUGUUGUGAAGGACAUGACGACUGGCAAAUCAAAAGGGUAUGGAUUUGUGUCCUUCUACAAUAAACUGGAUGCCGAGAAUGCCAUCGUUAACAUGACGGGACAGUGGCUCGGAGGAAGGCAGAUCAGGACUAACUGGGCAACACGUAAACCCCCGGCCCCCAAAAGUGUCCAGGACAAUGGAUCAAAGCAGCUGAAGUUUGAUGAUGUCGUGACCCAGUCCAGUCCCCAGAACUGUACCGUGUACUGUGGUGGGAUCCAGUCAGGACUAUCAGAGCAUCUAAUUCGACAAACUUUCUCACCAUUUGGUCAAAUAAUGGAAGUCCGGGUUUUCCCAGAAAAGGGAUAUUCGUUCAUCAGGUUUUCCUCCCAUGACAGCGCUGCACACGCCAUCGUUUCAGUGAACGGCACGGUCAUCGAGGGGCAGGUGGUGAAGUGCUACUGGGGCAAAGAGUCUCCCGACCCAGCAAAGAACCCACAUCAGGUUGACUACAGCCCAUGGAGGCAGUGGAACCAGGUCUACGGGAGCCCACAGCAGCCGUACGUCACCAACGGGUGGCAAGUUCCUUCUUACAACAUGUACGGACAAACGUGGAACCAGCAGGGAUUUGGAGCGGAGCAGUCACAGUCACCAGCUUGGAUCGGUGGCCCCGGAUCUGCACCAGCAACCCCCGAUACGGUCAUGUCCAACUUCAACAUGAGUGGCUAUCAGAUGCAGUGAGACAGGCGGCUCUAGCCGAAGCGUAUCACCAAGGGAGUUUGGUACCGUUUGACCUGGACAGCCCGGAGAGAUCCCAGGAAUCAGGAAACAGGUGGUCCCUAAACAAGUAGUUAAAUGUUUAAUAAAUCACCCUCCUUUAGAUUCACAAUUCCUUUGCAUUGGUUUGUUAAUACCUCACAAUAUAGAAAAGAGGUCUUGGACUUCGGAACGAAAGCCAAAGCAGUUGUCUUUUUGUUUAAGAAGAAAAAACUGGUGGUUUUUAUCGUUUGCUGCCUGACUAAAACGUAUAUCUAGCUUAUAGUUUUGUUUCGUACAAUAAGAAACAAGUCACACUAAAAAAAAGGCCAAAUGUUUGUGGGGGUAAAAGAAAAGAAAUGCACAAAGUUAAUCAGAGCUGAAAGCCAUCAUGUCUCCUGCUUUUCACCGGAUUCAGAUGUGGACACGACUUCCUGGAAACGUCACGGCAUCUUAUAAAACUACAGCAAUAUUCAUUUAGCAGCUUUUGUUGUUUUUUUUAAUAAGUUUUUGAAUAUUCACUCAUCUUGCCUGUUCCCCAACCGCACACACCUCUGCCUACACAUCUGUCUGGAUCAGAUCUGAGACAUUUGAGUGUCAACGCGCUGGAACAGGAGUUUACUUUUUAAAUUCACACAAAAAGAUUAUUUGUAUAAACAACUGUGGCUUUAAGUGGGACUUGAGCGGGACGUAGAACCUCCAGAAUACAAUUUUUUUGUACAAAGUUUAUCUUCAAGGCUCAAAAACAAAAAAAUAAAAUGUUAUUGCUGUGAUAUGCAUGUCAUUUAGGGUUUUUCUAGAGUUUAAUUUACAUAAUCUGAGUAAAGAGGACAUCCUUAGCCUCGUGGUUGGGUGGGGUUUAAACACCGGCCCCUAGUGCCCUCCAAACUGUCUAUGGGCAAGGCACUGUUCCCCCGACUGGCGUUAAUAUGCUUAUCUGUGUAUGAGUACAAAUAACCUCUGUAUUCAGAAUGAAAAUAUGUAACAGAAGCCCCCAUAUGAGUGUGUGUGUGUGUGUGUGAGAACGAGAGCUGCGUGAAUGAAGAACCAAGAGAACAUUGUCGGUUCUGUAAAAUCCUUUGGUUUAUGAUCCUGUAUCCUAAAGGAAAGACAUCUCAACCCUGGUCGUUCGAGGUUUCUCCGCUCCAACAUACCCGAUUUCAGUCGGCAGGUGAUGAGAUAGUUGAAUCAGGUGUGUUGGAGCAGAGAAGCCUUUGAGGACGUGGGUUGAGCACCCCUGAUUAAAGGGAUAAUGCAGAUCUUUAAAAGUGAGUUUCUGUAGAAAGAUUAUGAAGCGGUUGCUCUUUUAUCGACUAGAGAUGACUGAUGUGGGUGUUUCUACUGCAGACGCCGAUAUGUAGAGGUCGUAGUUAGCCUUUUGUUGGUUGAGCUGCUAUUCAUGGCCAACAUCUAAAGUUGUCCGGCCUUAUUUGCUUGUUGAAAUGUCCUGAACAACAGCAGCUGAUGCACAACAUUUCUGAGCCUGUAUUCGUUUUUUAAACUCUGAAUUUAACCAAUUCUUUAAUCUUAAUUUUAUACACUGCUCAGUGUUAAAUAAAAAAUCUAGCUGAAAAGUAUCAAACAAAAUGUAAAAGCUAACUAAAUAAAUAUAUUGUUAAAGACGCAAUAGCACCAAUAUCUAAACUGCAUUAAAUCUCUUUGUAUUUUACUACUAAUUCUUCAUAUCCCCAUGUAAACUGUAAGUGAAACCUUUUAAUGUUCCCGACGUAGCAGCAGCACCAUAGCUACAGACCCUCAUCUCUGAGAUGGAUUGUCUUCCUGUGUCUGACUUUAAAUCACCUUUAAAGAGAAAUAGCCCUUGAAUCUAAAAUAACAUGUUUUACCUGUUCAUGCAAAGGCUUUUUAUUUUUUUACACUAUCAAAAAAUCUUCACUCUGCCUUUAAAGCGACAAUGUGUAAUUUUGACCUUUCAUCUCUGGAAAUAUCCAUUAAAAUGUUGAAAAUGAAUAAAAUGACCAGUUGUUGAAAAAUAUUGGUGGCUUCGUAAACCUAUAACCAUAAAAAUCAGGUCUAAAAUACACAGGGGUGGGUCUAAGUCACUGAGUGACGCCAUCUUUGAUGCUGUAUUUCCUUCUACUGGAGCCCGUUAGGACAAAACACAUUUACUGAUUCGUAACAAGCGGUUACAAAACUUUCACCACUCAUAAACGUUGUUUUACAUGUUUUCCUAUUCGCUCGUUUCCAGUGAUGAAAAGGAAUUUUAUGUGCUUGUCAUUUGGCUGGAGGUGGCGGUCCCAGGGAUAACUCUAACCAGGGAUAGCCCUAACCUCAAAAAGAAAAACACCUUUUGAAGUCAUGGACACCAAAAGGCAUCCGGACCUAGAAAACGGCGACUGGUGCUGAGCACUGUCUCGUUUCCUCUGGCAUUGCGGGUUUCUGGUUCUGGCAUAAGAGUCUCAGGGAAGAUACCCAAGGUGACGGGGUUUGCGUUCCAAACCUAGCUUGUUCUGUAGAUUUGUUAUAACAGCUUUAAUUCAUAUUAUGUGAUAAUUCUUUCAGAAUUAUAAAAUUAUGAUUGGAAGUAUCAGAUUGUCUGAAAUUUUUUUCUGUAAAAAACUAGAAUUCUUUGUAAACAACCCAUGCGGUACAGCGUAAAGACUUAAGAGACAAUACCUUUUGUAUUUUUGAGCUGAGGAGAUUUUGUAACUGGCCCUGUUGGGACUAGCUGUUAAAGAGCAAGUCACCCCUAACAAGAAGCGUACUUCACUCCCACUUCAUGUUUGAAAAAUGCAACAAAUGCUGUUGCCUAGCAGACUGAGAGGGUGGAGCCACUAACAAAUAUACACACACUCAUGAAAUUGUGACAUCAUAAUGUACCAGUUUACAUCAUAAAAUACCUCUUAGCCAAUAGCGGUGGCAGAUUUAAAUUCAAAUGCAGUGCAGAGUUUUUACCUGACAACGGCACAACACUGACAGUUUCAGGCAGAAAAUUUAAAUUUUAACUAAAAUGCACUAAAGUGCAAAACUAUUGACUACUUGUGUCUGCAGCACGAUUAGACACACAUUUAUAUAGUUUAUCAGAAAAAAAUAGUUGAUUUGGGGGUGACUUGCUCUUUAACUUCUUAAUCCCGCCAGAAUUAAUCUCUUUUUCUCCAAACUGUGGCCGUUCAGAGAGCAAUUGUUUAUAACCUUUCUACAAAACCUCACUUCAACAAUCUGAACAACCAACCUGUUGAAUCCCAAAACCUGUUUGAGGUAACAACAUGUUUUCUAUUUUACUUUAUUUUAGCUAUUCUGGGUUUUGGUUUCCCAAAAGGAAUUUUGGAUCCUGCAUGUUUUCCUCCUCUUCGCUGAAUUUAGCCAAUGGGUUUGUUUGAUAGAAGGUUUUAUUGCUAAAAUGAACUUACUGUUAUUGUUUGUUUUAAGUUGAAAACAUUGAUAAAAUAUUUCUUAAUUAUGGCAUUGGUUUGGUAACCGGCAGACGUCUCUUUUUCUUUAGUUCAUUUAGAAUUUUCUUGCAUCCCAGGAAAGUUGUAAAAUAAACUGGGAUAUGAGAUUUGGGCUAUACUUCUUGGGUCCUGAAGGCUCUUUAUCUUUUUGGGAAAAUUCAAGGAAUAAAAUGUGUUUUCUAGAGUGUAAAUAUAAAGCUUGACCUGGAACCUCCAUAAAAGCCUAAAAAUGUACAUACAUUAGGUAGAAUGUUAGAAAAUUAAAUGUCAUCAUUUAAUUUCAGCAUUUUAAGUUAUAAACAAGCCUUAACACUCUUUCUUGGGGGUAAAUACAAAGGUAUUUGAAAAAGCUCAAUUUUUAAUUUUAAAUCUUAAGAGAAUUUCUCCUUUUUUGUACCGUUUUCUUUGUGUAGCAGGAACUCGCCUGAGCUGCACACUUCUGUUGCUUAAGGUGUUGAAUGUAAAGGCAACUUCAAUUUAUGUCCAAUGUAACAACAGAAGUAAUGUUUAAUUAUAAUUAUUGUCAGAAUUUUGCAUUUGAUGGAGGAAAAGAAAAACUCAAGUCACUUCAAAUAAACAUUUGUAUUUCA